AUGGAUAUCUAUCUGAAUUCUCCGAGCGGUGGAUUGAGCUCGAGUUUAGCCAAAUUAGACGAGGAUAUUGCGGAUAUGAGCUUCGAUGCGGGAUCAGAAUUUAAUCUGCACUUUUUUGAUACGCCGGAGGAUUCCAACACGCAAAGCGGCCUGAGCGAUCAUGACGAGUCGGUGGAAUCGAGCUCGCUGGAACCCGCAUCCAGCCCCGGCCCACCUUCGUAUGCACCACCGCUGCCUUCGCUGGCGAUCGCAGUCGACCAAGAUCCGAUUUCCAGCACGAUCAAGAAUGAGCAGCAGUGUGCCGGCUCGGAUGCCAGCUCAACGACCUCCUCGAAAACGUUCGUAGCCUGCAAAGUGUGCGGAGAUAAGGCCUCCGGUUACCAUUACGGGGUGACAUCUUGCGAGGGCUGCAAAGGAUUCUUCCGACGUAGCAUCCAGAAGCAGAUCGAGUACCGUUGCUUGCGUGACGGAAAGUGUUUGGUGAUACGGCUCAAUCGGAACCGGUGCCAGUACUGUCGCUUUAAGAAAUGUUUAGCCGUUGGGAUGAGCAGAGACUCCGUCCGCUAUGGACGAGUUCCGAAGAAAUCUCGCGAAGCCGGAAAUUGUCCCGAAGAAAUGAACAUUUGUGUAAACUCGACGACACCUACUCCGGUGUCUCAGCUGAGCAGCUGCGGUGGUCCUCCCACGCCGACAGUCGCUGUGAUUAGUGCCAGCAAUAAUAUUAAUAGUAAUAAUAAUAAUAAUAAUAAUACUAACAACAACAACAACAAUAAUAAUACUAGUAACAAUUAUAAUAUAAAUAAUAACAACAACAAUAAUAAUAGCAACAACAACAGCAACAACAAUAAUAAUAAUAACAAUAUCGGAAUUGGGCCCGGCACCAUGACCAACUGUGCCGAAAUCAGCACGUCGACCGCCGCGGUCACCACCAUUCUGCCAGAUUCGAUGACCCUCAGCCCUCCGGAACUGUCCAUCUACGAUAUCAUCCAUUGUGUGGCUCAGGCUCACCGCGGCCAUUGCACAUACACUACGGAACUGGUCAAGGAGCUAAGCCGGAUAUCGCUGAUCAACUACAGUGAGAAGAAUAAUCUUAUACUACACUCACUGGAUUCAAUUGAGGAUCACCGCGUUUGGUUGUGGCAGCAAUAUGCCCUGAGAAUGACUCCAUCGGUGCAGCGGAUCGUCGAGUUCGCUAAACGAGUUCCUGGGUUUAGCGAAUUUCUUCAAGAUGACCAACUGAUACUAAUAAAGCUCGGAUUUUUCGAAGUAUGGUUAAGUCAUGUGGCCAAAGCAUCCAACGACAGUUCGCUUACGUUCGAUGAUGGAGUGUACGUUACAAGGCAACAGCUAGAGGUGAUAUACGACAUUGAUUACGCAAACGCAUUAUUCAAUUUUAUUACUGGACUGAACAACUGCUGUUUGAGUGAUACCGAGAUAGGGCUAUAUUCUGCGCUAAUUCUUCUCUCAGAUCGACCCGGUCUUACCGAAACGAAGGUCAUCUUGAAGACACGAGAAUGCAUUGCGGAAGCAUUGCGAGUUCAGAUUACUAGGACACGAUCCGAUGCAGUUAGUGCACUGCAAAUCAUGCCAGCGCUAGAGGCUAAAAUCCACGAGUUGCGAACCCUGGGUGAGAAACAUUUCAUCCACCUGGAAUGGUUCCGACAGAACUGGAGUUCCAUCCGAUUGCCGCCGUUGUUCGCGGAGAUUUUCGACGUUCCCAAAUGUGAGGAAGAUUUGCAGUAGUCAGAUACUGCGGUAUUGGCCAAUACAUUCUAUAAUUGAUGAUAUUUCGUAUAGGUAUAGUAAUAUCGGACGAAUCAAGACUUGCCAAAUCUAUAUCAAUAUAUCUAUGUAACCGUAGAGAAUUUAGAUCAAUGUUAGUUGACUCGAGUUUUUGUUGGCUUCUUUACAAUCAUUCCAAACUCGCUGGUUGUAGUAGGACGUGACUCUAAUUAUCACUUAUAUACAUAGAUAGUCGAAUUUAACUUAACAUUGUCGUAUAGAAAAGUAAGCUAAUAGAGCAACAACCACAAUAUCAGAAUCAUAAACUAUUUACAUAUCAUUGAUAUCGGUGUAUAGUUGAAAGUACUAGACCUUAACCGCAACACACGAUCGAUUUUCCUGCUACUUCCUUUAGAAACAAGUGGAACCCCGUUUUAUCUAUUACGAAACAUGCCAUUUGGUGCUUAUAUAGAACCAAUCUUAUCAACAACAAAAAUAUACGUUAGGUUAAUAGAAUGAAUAGCUAACCGCUGAAUGGUGGUUUCACAACGUUGGUUAGUCGAAAAAAAAAAAACAAAUGAAUUAUCGCAUUUCUCAUCUCAUUCCUGCUUGAGCAACAAGAACCACACGAAAACGGUAUCGAAGACAAAUAACUAUGUACUACAUAACUACAACUGUGAAUUCCUUCCUGGUGAAUUGAGCCACUUUUGAAAAGUAAGAUACUAUUGAGCAACUUAUACCGUUUUUUAGGAUUAGUUAACUUAAGUGCACGUAUAUUGCGCAAUUGAUAAAGACUCUCCUUAGUUCAAAUUGACGUUUGGGUGCAAUCAACAUCCAAACACGUGCUGCACACUUAAAAAAUAUGUACACAAAUAUACUCACAUACACACAGAUGUGAAAGGAAGCGAUAAGUAAUGAACUGGUGCUGUACCUUUAAAUUGUAAUUUUAGGCAAAUUUUAAACUGAAUGGUAGCUUUAAGGCAUUUCGUUAGUGCACAGAAGAUAAUGAUUGUUACGGAAAUAAGCGAUAAAUUAUCACAAACAAUCCGCAAGGCACGAAACUUGCUGUGAAAUCGAAGUGUUAUUCGGCUAUUUCUGCAGAAACUAUUCACAAGCAGAUUUUGUUAUUUAGUCUACUUUAUACAUGUGCGUAUUAGAUUCCGUUAAAAGUUAAUACCGCAUCGAAGAUGAAGAGACCGCUUCCUACUUUCCGCUCAACUGGCACUUCGCUUAAUUGUAAGUAGAAAUGAACUAUAUUUUAUUGACUUUUUAUACAUUGCUUACAUUGAAACAAUGGAAGAGAACUUAUCUUUUUAGCGAAAUGGAGUAUCUAUUUAUAUGUAUUGUUAUUUACGUAUAGGACUUUUAGACAGAUGAUGAAAGUUAUACGGUCUUGAAAGAAGCUAAAACAUAUAAUACCGUCUGUGUAGAACUAUAAUUUGAUUGUUGAUUUAAAUGCGUAUUUUAUCGCUUCUUAUUAAAACAGAAAACUGUGAACGGAAAAGUUUAUAAAAACGAAACGCCACUGCAAACUGAUUAGAUAAGCAAUUUUUGUAGAUUGUAUUAUUUGUUUUGUUUUUCUUUUUUUUUGGACUCACGUGCUAUGAAUCUCAAUUUUGAAAGUAAGAAUUUUUUAAUGCCUGGCAAAUAUCUGACUUCUUAAGAAACCAAUAAAGGAAUGAAGAUGA